CCAUGGAAGCAUGAUUCUCAUACAAGGUGGAAUCUUGACAGAGAGAAUCUUUAACUUAGCAAGUGGGACGUCUAGCUUCACGCAAUCAGUACUCGACGCUAGGUAUGUUUCGUAAGCUGAGGUAUUUUACCAUAGUUCUUCUUUCAAAAAUAAUCACGUAUCGUUGGAGGCUUUUAACUGUUGGAGUUAUUUUGGCCACGUCGGUCUUAGGUAUUUUUCUCAGCUUCCGUCAAACUCCGCAUCUCAGACAGUCUGGACCUAGUCGCGAAUGUAAAACUUGGAAAGAAUCUCUACAGCACAAAACUACUCUGAUAACAAAGACUCCAUGUGCAAGGAACUACUUUCUUCUCAUCCUAGUUUCAUCUGCACCUGCAAACCAAGGUAGAAGAAAUCAUAUUCGUCAAACCUGGGGCACUGAUAACAACGUGUCUCCAAUGUGGAAGACAUACUUUCUGAUUGCGCAAACAGAGAAUCAAACACAUUCAGAUUUUGUCCAUAACGAAGACAAAGUCUAUGGCGACAUAAUUCGCGCUGACUAUUACGAGAAUUACUGGAAACAGAGUUUUAAGGUUAUGAUGGCCUUUGAGUGGGCAUCGCGAUAUUGCAACUUCUCGUACCUCCUAAAGACAGAUGAUGACAUAUUGGUCAAUAUCGAAGACUUUAUUCAAUUUUUGCAGAAGAAAUCAACUCCCAAAAAAGAACUUUUCGUAGGAAAACUUCAUCACAACCCUAUCGUACGUCGAGAGGGGAAAUGGAACGUGAGUUACGAAGAGUACAACCACACUCACUAUCCAGAUUUCUGUAGUGGGGCCGGCUUUGUUAUGACCUAUGACGUUAUCGAGUGCAUUGUUCCCUUGUUCGACGUGAUUAAGCCGUAUAGGAUGGAUGAUGUGUAUUUAGGAAUGCUUGCCCAUGCAUCUGGCGUGAUAGCAGAGGAUCAUGUUGGGUUCUUUAUGCCAAUUGAUGAUUAUGACGACUGCAUUUUUAAACCAAAUGUUCUUCUGCAGCACAGAGCGACUGGACAGUGUUUAAAUAAAUUACUUCGUAUUCACAGUAAGGACUUUCUGUAUGGCAUAAAAUUGGGUUCAUUUUUUUGAUAAUUUGUCGAUUUAGUUAAUCAUCAUUUUACUAGAAAAGAACAUAUGGGUACAAAGUAUUUGGUAACAGCUGUAUUGGCAGACGAUCGUGUGUCUUGUAGAACGGGCGAUUGGAGCAAUUUUAGGGUCUAUAUCCACCAGACCAUGGGUAAUCUAAGAGAACAGUAACAUAUCUAAGUACUCAUGCCAGUAGCUGAUGGGUAGUAAGGAAAAGGCUUUCAGCCGUUGUUCAUAACUCUGGCAUAUCAGUCAGUAAUUGGCCAUCUCGACACAAACCCUAAUUAUCUUUUGUAUUCAAGCACAAGUGGCACUAAAUUGAUCGGAAUUCAUUGUAAGGUAGACUUUCAAAUGAGAACUUAAAUUAAUUACGAGUAACGUUUGUUUUUGUGCACGAAAAUGCACAGAAUACAAAUUGUCAGAACGUUCAGUCAGUAACGCUGGAGAAUUGAAGACUUUCGAAAAAUUAGGUUUUCAUGAAGUAUCACCCAAAGCUGCGUAUUAAAAAGUAUUUAUAUUAUAAGCUCAUUUAUGCAUGCAUUCUGAUUGGUUCUCACUUAUGAUCUAUUGGAGGACAGACGUAUAGAUGACGUCAUCAUUAAAACUUUUUUAAAUUCUCUAUUAUAUAAAACAAAUAGAUUCCAAGUUACCGUGCGUCUGUUCAGUAAUAGAUCACAGAGGACGUCAAAAUGUGGUAAGAACAUCAGUGACACACUCGGCUGCGCCUCGUGUGCCACUUUUUUGUUCUUACCACAUUUUUACGUCAUCUGUGAUCUAUUACUGAACAGACGCACGGUAACUUGAAAUCUAUUUGUUAAAUAGUAAGUUGCAGUAUUCUACGAUUAUACCACAAAGGCUGAUUGAAAUGCUCUCGAAAUUUGUGGAUACUAGCAAAGGUUCAUGAUAAUUGACCUUCCCACUAUUGAAAAUAUUGCUUGUGAGAGAAAUAGAGAAUAAGAAUGAAGUACGUUCAUUUGCUUAGAGAAAGACCAAACCAUAAAUGAAUGAAUCACA